AAAGUGUCCAGACCGGAAAGGUUACAAAGUGUCCAGACCGAAGGUGGUGAAAGUGUCCGGACUGGAAGGGGGGGAAAGUGUCCGGACUGGAAGGGGGGAAAGUGUCCGGACUGGAAGGGGGGAAAGUGUCCAGACCGGAAGGUGGUGAAAGUGUCCGGACUGGAAGGGGGGGAAAGUGUCCGGACUGGAAGGGGGGGAAAGUGUCCGGACUGGAAGGGGGUGAAAGUGUCCAGACUGGAAGGGGGUGAAAGUGUCUGGACUGGAAGG